CUCAAGUGAUACCUGAACAUCAUGUUUGGCCGGUCGAAACAGUAGAAUGUUCUAAUGUCUCACAUCAAUGCACAACUUCUUUACCUCACGGGUCAAGAGAUAUAUCAAACAGUGUUGAGGAAAGUUUGCCACUAGCAAGAAAUGAUCUGUGUUCCAAUUCCUGUUAUCGAGAAGUUCCGUCCACUGAGCGACCGAUGCUGAUGAACCAAACGGUUGAAAUUCCCGGGAAUAUAAUGACACUCCCAGUACAAGAUGAACAGCAACAAGCCACGUUGCACCAAGGCACGUUCACAGUCAGUCACUCUACCCCGGUUUCUCACACUCCAAAGAAAUCCUAUCGAGUGCAUUUCAGCCCAAGCACCUACGCCGGCGAUGGUUCCGUACACGGCGCUGGUCAAAACCUAAAUUAUUCUUGCCUGCCAAAGUUUCGACCAGAAACCUAUGACGAUAGCUGUCGUCGAGAAGUUUGCGCAUCGUCUCAUCACGCGAUGCCUUUGAAUAGUAAAAUUUUCCCUUCCGCUUCGCGUCUAGCUUUCCAGCCUGAAGAAUACGUUAGCACGACAACCCAGAGCGGCCAAAUCUCUAAUGCGCUACAGGUAUCCUCGGUCUCCAAUGGAUCAAACUCUGCCGCCAAUAAAACCAGUUCUUUCUUUGAAUUUGACAAGCCUACUCUGAGUGAAGCUAUUUCUACUGUCAACCCUUUGCAGGCUUUGUUUCCUCCAAGCCCAAAAAUUUUGCUUGCGGAAGAUACUAGUUUCAAUAUCCAUGGCUGUCGUGAAUACAAUGAAUUUCUUUCAGUAUCUUCGGCUUCCGGAGUGAUUAUCACAGAAUACCAUUCUGACGAUGACUGUGAUCGUCAAGAGAGAAGAAGCUUUGCUGCAAACCGAGAAGCUCAAGAAAGGUGCCCUGCUGCUGUCGGCUGGAUGAAACAAACACGUGACGAUUAUCCCUUCAAUACGCAUACACCAUCAAACGGUGUUGGUGAUGGCCAAAAUAUUAUAAAUUCUGAUUCUCAGCGUGAGUUCUAUCCGACGAUCCUGCAAAAUCAAAUGACUACGGACAAGAACAACAACGUUGUUGUUGACCAUAUCUUCCAGGCGCGCUUCUACACGGAUGAGAAUACCAAUCGUAUGCACGGCAUGUACGAUAAAUCGUUGUUGCCAUUCAAAGGAAAUAUACGACCACGGGAAGCUCAAAUAUCAGAAACGCAGUUCGUGACGCAAUCGGAGGAUGCCUGGUGCGUCGGGGGACGUCUGGUGCAUGUGAGCUCCGUGGAGGGCUGCGUGCCUGCCUCCUGCUGCCCUCUGCCUUCCCUCCUGCAGCAGCAGAAUGCAGCGUGGGAACCGAAUAUUUCAAGUACUUCGUUCCGAGACUUCACAUCCCAACAUGGAUUGAACAACCUAUCAUUUUUCCCUGCCAACAUGCAUUAAGUGACUUCAGGAAUGAGAAAUCAAUUAAAAUGGAACUCGGUGGUAGCGAAAAAGAUGUAUAGCAGAGAGAAAAUGUACAUUAUAUUCACGUUGUUCUUACAGUGCUAACGAAAGUAGACACAUCGUGUCGAGUGCGGA